UGACCAUGGAGUCCCAGAGUCGCAAAAGAGCUCCAGCAUGGACCGAACAGGAGGUCCUGGAUCUGAUCGCUGUAUGGGGAGAUGAAUCCGUUCUAUCAGAACUCCGUUCCAAAAGACGAAAUGCCAAAAUAUUUGAAAAGAAUCUCCAAGGACAUGAAGGACAGAGGCUGUAACAGGGACCCGCAGCAGUGCCGCUUGAAACUUAAGGAGCUUAGGCAAGCCUACCAAAAAACCCAAGAAGCAAACGCCCGCUCGGGGUCAGAGCCCCAGACAUGCCGCUUCUGUGAUGAGCUGCCUGCAAUUCUACAACUACCCCACACCUGUACGUGGACUUCUGCAAGGGAAUUUCACGCAACAGGGAUGAAGAUUUUGGGGAUGAGGAAGAUGAUAGCGCACACCAGGCAAGCAGAGAAACCAUUCUCCCUGACAGCUGGGAACUGUUUAUCACCCUGGAUCCAGUACCCUCCCAAGCCGGGCUCCUGGACCUUGAAGGUGGAGAAGGCACCUCUGGUCUUUAAGAUAGAGGUGCUGAUGAGUGGAAGAAAACAUUUUGUCGAAAAGAGGUAUAGUGAAUUUCAUGCCCUCCAUAAAAAGCUCAAAAGGUUUAUUAGAACGCCGGAAAUCCCUUCCAAGCACGUGAGGAACUGGGUCCCUAAGGUCCUGGAGCAGCGGCGACAAGGCUUGGAAAUAUACUUACAGUGAUGGAAAAUGCUGCAGCUGCCACUCCAGUGGAUAAAAAUGUCCCAUCACCUUUACUUUAUUAACCCAGCUUCUUGUAUUAUUUCAGAAUAAAUUUUAAAAAUCCAGGUUCUCAUUUUUUUAUAUUUUUGUAUUUUUCUGAAGAAUUUAAAAAUAGUUAAUUAGCACAGGUUUUUAAGAGAUCAUGCAAUUCCAAUGUUUGCAUUUCUUUUAAUAUUUAUCCCUAUUUAUUGUAUGUUGAAAAUUCAUUGGAUUACUUAUUUGUUUCUUGAUUUUGAAAGCUGUGAGAGGCUUUUUGUCUUUUCAUAAUGGAUUGAUUUUCUGCCUGGAAGUGCUAAAGGUUGAUGUAUGUUUUGUUUUAAAUGACUGCCACAUUUUACAAGUUCAAGAAUGGAAGUUACAAUUUUCACUUAAAAUACUAUGGAACAACUGGCUAAGAAGCACCAACAUGUAUUCAGUAGUUUCAAUGGUAAUAAUAAACAGCAUUAUAUGGCAUUGCCAAUACUGUGCACACACUGAUUGAUUGAUAGGAGAUAGGUUGGAAUUAUUAGUUCUGAUUUAUAAAUGGGGAAACUGAGACACAACACGUAAAUGGGAGUCAGUGACAAAGCCGAGACUAGAGCUCACACAGGUCUAACUCAGAGUCAGAGCACUUGAUUGCUAGACUACACUGUCUCAGAAAAUACUGUUGAAGGGCAGUUUAUCCUGCAGUUAGAUAUAUAAAAAGGAGAUUUCAUAAUCAAGGGGUUUAAGGUGGGGGAAGGUCAGAUAUAAUUUCACAUGGGUCCCUUAUACGGAAAGUCUCUAAUUCUGAGCAGAAAGGGUGGAAGCUUAACAUAUUUUAAAAUUUUAUUAAAGCUAAUGUUAAAAAUAUUAUGUAAUACAUAGGUUGAGAAAAGAGUGUCUGUACAUCUGAGUAUAGUGCUUAGAUUAUUCACAAAUAUAAAGUUUUGUUUUUAAAAGUCAUAUGAUACAAUCAGCAUUAACCCAAAUUUAGGUGAAUAAAUUUAAGAAUAUAGUUUAGAUAUUAGCAACCAAGUAUUCAGGUUGUACAACUUUUCAUAAGUGAUCUGAGAUUUGGUUGUGGAAAGCAAAAUAUAUCAGUGUGUGAAGAUUGUCCUUCAGUAAUUGAGAAUUUAGGGUAGGUUGUCCAUUUAGAAAAUACAAUCCAUGAGGAAAGUAGUUCAGUUACUUUCCUGACUGCACUUCUCAUUGACAUAUUACUAGGAAUGUCUGACCUAUACUGGUGAGAUUGGAUCAAGGUUUGUUUUAACCCCUUUACUUUCCUAAGAGCACUAGGAAUUAGAAGCAGGGAUGGAAAUCCAGAGCACCAAUUGUUAGUCCAGGGAAUGAGGAAUACAUCUGUUGCUUCCACUUCUUUUUCUUUGACUCUACUAUGCAAUCGGUGACUGGUCAUUUAUCCUUUACCCCAAAGAGGUAUAGAAAUGGAAAUCUCCUUUGAUGGCAUAUCUGCAGAAAUACUGAUCACUUGAGAGGUCUCCACUCCCUCCAGGGUGGACUGUAUAUUGGAUUAGAAAGCCACUUUUUAGAUAAAUCUCUUCACUGAUGCCAGGGUUCAUUUGCCCAUUAGAUAAUUGGUUGGGAUUCCAAUAAUAGGCUACAAUGAGGGAUUCCACCUAAUUGUUUAUAUAAGCAAUUACUGCCAUGUCAAUCCUGAUAAGUAUUAGCUAACAUAUGAUUCAUUCUCAGAAGAGCAGUUCUUGUGACCCUCAUCUCUAAUGAAUUGAUAAUGGAGAAGUUUCUCUGAUUUAACCAUCUGCCCUCUACUGCACAUUAGGUGAUUCAAUGUCCCAGUAAGAUGACACUGGAUGUUACUAGAGAGACAAAGUGGGUGAAGUUCCUCCAGGGCAGAUUGGAAGUGGCCCUGUAGGUUUUUCGCCUUCCUCUGUAGCAUGGGGCACAGGUCACUUGCUGGAGGAUUCUCUGCUCCUUGAAGUCUUUAAACCACGAUUUGAGGACUUCAAUAGCUCAGACAUAGGUGAGGUUUUUCUCAGGAGUGGGUGGGUGAGAUUCUGUGGCCUGCGUUGUGCAGGAGGUCAGACUAGAUGAUCAUAAUGGUCCCUUCUGACCUUAGUAUCUAUGAAUCUAUGAAUAUCUUUUAGUGAGCAACUUCUGUUGGUGAAAGAGACAAGCUUUCAAGCUGCACAGAACUCUUCUUCAGGUCUGGGAAAGGUUCUCAGAGCGUCACAGCUAAAUACAAGCUGGAACAGAUUGUUUAGCACAGGUAGUUAACACAUUUUCCAAGGGACGAUUUAAGGUGAAGUGCCCAUUAAUACUUCUGCAUUCAUAGGACAAAAAAGGACAAUUAGUGGAUUACAGAUUGUUGUAAUACACCAUAAAUCCAAUGUCUUUAUUGAGAUCAUGACUUUUAGUGUCUAGCAAGGGUAUGAAUUUAAGCUCCCAGACUCGUCUUUUGAAGAAGUUGUGCAGGUUUCCUUUGAGGACAAGGAAUGAGAGGUCAGCUAUGGAGUGAUCCUUUUGUGAAAUGUUACUGUCAUCCCAGUUUUACUUCCCUAUAGGCUUGCCCUUCUGUAGGUUGUCUUUUAAAAUUCAACAGCAUAAAUAUUUUCUAACUCCCUUGCGCAGAAGAAAUCUCAUCGCUUGCUGAUUUCUGCCCCUACAAGAUAACAGACAUAGUUAGCAGAGGUUGCCUGUGGAGUUGCACCUCUAGUUCAGAAUCAAAAUACAAAGUCACCAAUCACAGGUGCAAGAGGAUUUAGUCAGGCAGUGGGAUACUGGAGAAGCUGCAUGCCUCUGGUGAACAUCUGAGUAAUGACUCAUUUCUUGUCAUGUGCGCAAGCUAAAAAAAGCUGCUCUUACAACUGACGACAAUCCAGUGUAACGGAGCACUGAUAGACCUUCUGAACUUUUCCCUGUGCGUGGGCCAAUGCAUCUGCUUUUACUUAACCUGCAGUUACUUUGUCCUUGUGCUGAGGAAUAACCAUUCUGACCACCAUUACACUUUUUUUUUUUUAAAGUAAAUUCAAGGGCUGAGAUAUGUCUGAAAGGAAGUGCAGUGAAGUGGGUUGGUUGCUGAGGUAAUGUAGGUGACCUUAAAUUAUGCAAACAAACUUCAUGUUAAAAUACACAAGUGCUGGCAUUCUAUUUGAGUACAUUUAUGGGUCCCUAUCACUACAGCAUCUGAAUGAAUCAAACAAUGAAUGUAUCAAUGCAAAACCCACGAGGAAGGGAAGUACUAUUAGCCUCAUUUUAGUUAUCCAAGGUCAGACAAGAAGUAUGGGGCAGAGCUGGGAACUGAACCCAAGUCUCCUGAAUCCCAUUUUGAUGCCUUCUCUAUUUCAGUGUCUGAUCCAUCCUUUUUCUCCCCUAGAUCAGGAGUUCUUAAUGACUUUCCUUGUGAGGCCCUCCCAGCAUGCUAAAAAAACUCCACGGCCCACCUGUGCCACAACUCUUUUUCUGCAUAUAAAAGCCAGGGCCAGUAUUACAGGGUAGCAAGCAGGGCAAUUGUCCAGGACCCCAUUCCACAGGGGGCCCAGCAAAGCUAAGUUUCUUAGGCUAUGGCUUCAGCCCGGGUGGCAGGGCUUGAGGCCCCAGGCUUAAGCCCCAUGCGGUAGGGCUUCGGCUAUAUGCCCUGGGCCCCAGCAAGUGAAAUUCCGGCCCUGCUUGGCAAACCCCCUGAAACCUCACCGCUCCCCCCCCCCAACCCCAGUUGAGAACCACUGCCCUAGAUGAACGUCAUUUUGAACUUCUUGUAUUCAGUGAAGAAAUUGGACCAUUUAAAAAUCUAGAAUUACACUAAUCCUCUGACUUGUUUCACACUGUGAAGAAUGGAGAAAAUCUCAAUGGCCCUUAGUGAAUAAAGAGCUAGUACUGCUAUUCGGAUUUUUAUCAGGAGAGGUUGUAUUCAAAGGUAAUGCAUCUCUUUUGAUUGAGGUGAAGGAACUGAUACUGUUUAAGAAUGACCUACUAGUCUUUAAUUUGAUCUCGUGCUUCCAUGAAGAGGGCAGUCAUGACUCCUAGAGAAAAGACUGGGGGAACUGGAUUUUAGGAGUCCAAACCCCUUGGGAUUUGAAGGUUUGGUAAUUAACCCUGGGCAACAGAAUCAACAUUUCAGAAGUUUCAGGAAUCCAAAUCUUCAAAACAAAGUGUGAAUCUUAUGAAAACUGUUGACUCAAGAUUGUUUUCUACCUAAGUAAACAGUCUAGAAAUCUGACAAAUACUUUUGAGCUACAUCCCAAUAUUCUCCAGAAUGUGGGUCUCCCCUUGAAAAGAUAUAUUAAUAAACAUACAGUCUUUUCUGCAAUUUAUAAAGAUCAAAAGAGAUGUGAGAUAACAUAUGCCAAUAUUUCUGCAGCUGAAGCAUUUCUGAAGCAUCCAGUUUUUUCCCCAUUCAUUGUCUUAGAGAGUUUCUUUCAUAAAAGACCUACAGGUGGAGUCAGGAUCUGUAAACAGAGGAUGACUUUAUGAGUGUCUGAUUUUUUUAAAAAUUAUUUUAAUAAUUACCCUCCUUCCUAUUUCAGAUAGGUUUAUUUUUCAUUCUUUGUCAUUAAUAUAACCCAUUUUUGGGAAACAAUUAAACUGCAGGUGAAAAAUACAGAUACACACUUUGCAAAUUGCACCUGCAAAAGGGAGGCUGGAGACCCUUUUGAAAAUUCAGCGCCAAAUUUGAUUUCAACUGAUGGCUCUUUUGAGUUGUUCCAACAAACAUUGCAUCAGGAUAUUAAAGAUGAAAUAAAAAUAAAUGCUGUUUGGAUAAAAUGUAUAGAAAAUAUUGUUGCAUGUGAAUGAAAAUUUAAAAAUGUCUCUGGUAGCACCAAUAUUAAUGUGAGAUGGUGAAUUCUAAAGUUGUUUCACUGUCUUUUAAGUAUAAGAAGAAGAUUGAACUACGUGAAAAUAUAAAAAAACCUCAUUAAAUGUGCUAGAGGGAUAUUUUGACUUCUUUGGUAACUGUUUUGGAUCGUAAAUUUCAAUACUCUUUGAGAGUUUAUAUAGUUUUUCAGAUUCCAACAGAGUAUAGAAUCAUAGAAUAUCAGGGUUGGAAGGGACAUCAGGAGGUCAUCUAGUCCAACCCCCUGCUCAAAGCAGGAUCAAUCCCCAACUAAAUCAUCCCAGCCAGGGCUUUGUCAAGAUUUUAGAUUAUGAUCAAGCUAAAUCUGUUCUACAGUUACAAGCACAAAAAUUGUAAAAAAGAUUAUUUCUGAAGCUUAGUGGAUUCUCAGAAGUAUGAUGAUUUGUAUAAAAAUCCAUUUACAUUUGAGUUUUAAAGUAGAAAAAUUGUGAUUGCUUUUUGUGUUGUAUAGUAAAUUUAGUCUGAAUCCAUCUAAAACAGCAUCACUGGGUAAUCUGUUUUUCAGGACAUUUUGUACAUUUAUAUCUCAAAUGUCUUCCAAUCCUAGACCCUUUAUUUUUCUGUUGGGAAAUUUGAAAACAUUAUUUGAAAAAAAUUAUAAGGAUUUAUACAUGUUUUCUCUUAUGCCAGUGUUGUCAAUUGAUGUAAGAAAUCUAUUUUUAAAAAUAAUUCAGGGGGAACUUAUAAUUGGGGCCCUAUCAAAUUCACAGUCCAUUCACAGCCAUAGGAUUUUUAAAAUUGUAUAUUUCAUGAUUUCAGCUAUUUAAAUCAGAAAUUUCACGGUGUUGUAAUUGUAGGGGU